AUGUCUGCUAUUGAUGCUACAAAGCGCAAACUUGCCAUAAAACCCCGUUUUGUGCCUUACAUUGAGAAACAUAGAAUAUAUGAACUACUAUAUGACAUUGCUACUGCUGUUGCUACUCGUAAACCCAAAGAUCAUAUUUUGUUUAUAAGAAAUUUGUUAGAUGAUAUUAAUGAGAGGCGUGAUAAACCACGUAUUAUCAUGAUAGCUCCACCACAUCUUUCGGUUGAAGAAAUAUGCGAGUACAUAAAAGAAGAGACAGGAGUUGCUAUUAUUACAUUUGAUGAUAUCGCCGGCCAAGAUAAUGAGAUAUCAAGCUCAGAAUUAGCAACGAAAUUGAGUAAGUACAUAGAAAAAUAUGACAUCGUUAAAAAAGGAUGGAUUAUGUACGAUAUGCCUAGAAACUUUAUAGAAACUAAAAUAUUCCAAAAGCAUACUAUAUACCCAACACAUGCUUUUGAGAUUUGUUCUUCUCGAGAUUCGUAUUCACAGAACGAUGCUUGGUUUAGAAAUAUUAAGGACUGGCCGAUAGAAAAGUUCAGGGAAGCGAUGGUAGAAUUUAAGAGAAAAGCAUUCGGUUUGCACAGGGCUUUGCAAACAUGUUACAAGAAAGUUCUGGUCAACUCAAGAACGGAAAAGCAACUGGCCAGGGCUUGCGUCGACUACAGCAGAAUACCCGUGUUCAAAGGCGCUCCGAUGUUGCCAAGGAUAGUCCUCAUCGGGACCAGGGGCUCUAGGAGGAGGACCACUGCUAAGCGCCUCAGUGAAAAGUACCAUAUGGUUCAUGUUGACUUGGAAGAAUUGAUUCUCCAAACCAAGGGAAUGGAAAACGAGACGGGAGAACAAUUGCGAAAUUUGGAAGCCCGAAACGUACCAAUAUAUUCAAAAAUAGUCCUUGCUAUGCUACAGAAGAGGCUGAUGCAAUGGGAUUGUAUGCAGAAAGGAUGGGUGAUAACAAACUUCCCGAGAGAUGUAGCCGAUUUCAAAAUACUGGACAACUUCGAUACUCCACCUAACAAGGUUAUAUUUCUAUCAAUACAAACUAUUAAAGCGUACCAGCGCUUGAAGAAUCGUAAAGUAAACAUAUAUGAUGGCGAUCUGAAGACAAUUAGUGAAAUCAUUAGCAGUGGUGAUAAUAUUCGAGAAUAUUAUACACAUCCUAGAGACUAUGAUGUCAAUAUAUUACCUGAACAAGACGAUUUUGCGAAAAACAUUGAGGAAAUGCUUAAAUAUUGUGGCGAUAAUUGCAAUAUCAUUAAUGCAGAUGGUAGCGAUAGUGAAGUGUUCGACAGAGUAGCGAGAGUAGUUAUGCAGCCAUGUGUUAUCGCUCCACCAAGAACUGUAGACCUAGAAUCGCCAAAGGGUCAGAGUGGUGAAUUUGUUUUUAAAGAACGUUCUCAUUCAUCAAUUUACCCAAAUAUUGUUUACGAGAAAGAGGAUUUUCAGGAUUUUCGGUCAACGUUCGAAUCUAACGACCUUGAAUAUAUGCCUAAUGAAUUUAUUGAUUAA